CUGUGACAACCGGUCCCCCACCAUCAUCACUGCAUCAGCGAACCAGCGCUUUACCACGUUCUCUCCGAGAGUUCUCUCCUCCGUUCGAACUGACUUAGCAUGUUUUCCGAAAUUUUUCUUGUAUCCGCUAUCAUCGGGAGUGUUCAUGUGCAGGAGGUCGACUGCGCCAAUGAAGUGAUGAGAGCCCGCGCCUACAUCUUUGAAGCGGUCAAAGGAGGUAAUCCGACCAAAAACAUUGGAAUCAUCGACUUCGAGCAAAUUGGCACGCUAGUCAAGCUCAACGGUACAGUAUCCGGUCUCAAGCCAGGUCCUCAUGGCUUCCACGUCCAUGAGAAAGGAGACCUGGGUAACGGUUGUGUGGCAGCGGCUGGACAUUUCAAUCCUCAUAAAAUGAUGCAUGGUGCUCCAGAUGAUUCGAAUCGACAUGUCGGUGAUCUCGGCAAUAUCAAUUCACCGGACAGCGGCGAUACUCCGAUCAGCAUUUCGGACUCUGUUAUUUCACUAACAGGACAGCACAAUAUAAUCGGUCGAGCCAUUGUGAUUCAUGCCGAUGCGGACGAUCUCGGACGGGGAAACUCGGAGCAGAGCAAGACCACGGGCAAUGCCGGGGAACGGGUCGCCUGCGGAGUCAUCGGUAUUCUGGAUGAGGUGGAGGUAAUACCAACCACUCAAGCGUUACCUUUGUUGAAUGACUCGGCUAUCGAGCAAGGUGGUGGUGUGCCCAGAGCGACAGCUUCCAGUGGUCGACUCCUGUCAGCAGUUUGGGUUUGGUUGGUGACAGUGUUCAUUACGCGAUUAUUACUAUUGUAGUCAAACAUGAUGUUGUUCAUUGUUUGUUCAUUGUACAUACUUUCGUCUUUUUCUAUUUCUUUUUUA